ACAUGGCUACCAAAACGAAUGACGGGCUACUUAGUCUUAAAGGAUGGGGCUGGGUUAAUUUCAAUAAUCCAAGUAACCAAUGCUAGGUGUCUGAAUACAGUCAAACGUCAGUACAACUCCUCCACUUUGGACUCAUUCAGCAAGAAAGACACCAUGCAAAAAACUAGCAGUCGGAAACCUAUUUCUCGAUGCCGUGCAGAAGAAUCCCCUCCAAAAGCGAAGGACACUGUGGACAUCAAAUACAAAGAUCAAUUUUAUUCAAUUCCUCGAUGUGAAUAUGAGCGAAAAUUAACUCAGCAGGAAGUCGAACAUUCGAAUGACGGAGAGCUGUUUCGCAUGAUAUCUGGAGGACAUUCAGUUCCAAGAACAAAACCAUCUUCGAAAGGAGAAAUUUUCGAAGAACCCGCAAAAACAUAUAACCCUCAAGCUUCUAGUUCAAGCCGCUAUUCUUCAAAAGUACAAACACAAAAGAUGAGCAACAACUUAGAUAACAGUUUGCAGUUUAUUAAAAGUUUGGAAGAAAAUUUUCGUCAAACAAUGAGCCAAUCGUCCUACACACCAGAAGCCACCUCGUCGAUCAAAAAAACUGAAGAGGAUCCACAGUCUUCAGAAACCAUCUUCACCCUGGAUGAUCUAACGGAGAGCAAAGAAACGGUUGUCGAACAAUCUAUUACCAGGGAGCCCCAUCCCAACGUGUCCCGCAAAGCUUCCAGAAGCUUCGGUGAACCGUCCGUCGAGAGCCUUCAGAAGCGCAAACCGGAAGAAGUAACCGUGAAACUGUUUCAGCUCAAAUCGAAAGUGGUGAACCUGAUCGACCAGACCAUCAGCCAAAUCGAAUCGAACGAGGAUUCUCCGGGAGAGGACCACGAAAAAUCCAUACCGUUGCACCCGAGUGGGGACGGAUCUACGCUCGACUACCGCAGCCGGAACUUGGAGGUUUUGAAAACGGAUUCCUUUGCACGCAGCCGGAAGGAUAUUAGGACGAAGUUGUACCGGGAGAUAAGAGUUGUGCUGAAGCGACUGGAGGAUUUGGAUUCGCUGGAGUGAGCCAGAAACUGUUUGUAUAUUUUUGAAGUUAUAUAUUUUGUACUAUUUUAUAAUCAAUCGCAUCAAUAAACUUUUGAUUGUACAACA